AUGCCGGACGAGAAGCGAUUGAAGCCGAAAGAGGUGAAGCGGAAGAGCGUCGUCGAAGCGCUUAAACGGUUGGACCUGUUCCUGACCAAGUUUGAUCCCGAUCAGCAUCAAAGAGAAGUUCCCCAUCGUCUGGAGCGACUGGAGAAAGUGUGGAAUGCGUUCGAAAUCGUCCAAGAAGAAUACGAGGAAUUGGACGACUCUGAAGAGUUCGUCCAGAAGAAUCUAGAGCUAUGCGGUACAGUCGAGGAGAUGUACUUCCGUGUAAAGGCUGGAUUAGUAUCGAAGCUACCAGCACCCGCCGAUACCGUUGCACCCGCUGCGGCUCCAGUUGCACCCGUGGUUCCGAACCCUCUCGCUAACGUGAAGCUCCCGACAAUUUCUUUGCCGGAGUUCGAUGGAGACUUCAAUCAUUGGUUGACAUUCCACGAUACGUUUGUGUCUAUGAUCCAUUCAUCGACGGAGAUAUCUCAAGUCCAAAAAUUUCAUUAUCUCCGGGCAGCUUUGAAGGGCGAAGCUGCGAAUUUGAUUCAGUCGAUCACGAUCACAGCGAACAACUACGCCGUCGCUUGGGACGCGUUGGUGACCCGCUUUUCAAACCGCGCCAUACUUCGGAAGAAACACAUCCGAGCCCUUCUGAAGCAUCCGAAGAUCCCGAACAACAACGUAGAAGCCCUGCACAAAAUCGUGGAUGAAUUCCAGCGCCACACGAAGGUCGUCGAACAACUUGGCGAGCCUGUGGACCAAUUCAGCUCAAUCCUAAUCAAAUUGCUGGAGGACAAACUGGAUGACGCGUCGCUCACGGCGUGGGAGGAAUCCGUCGCCACAGUAGCGCACCCAACCUACAACGACAUGGUCCAAUUCUUGCAAAAGCGAGCCCGCAUACUGGAGACCAUUUCAAUCAACCGUCCUCAGCACACCCCGUCGAAGUCAAAUAACCAACCUCCCGCUUCGAAGAAGUUCCCCUCCACCCGACUUAGUACAAACGUCGCUUCUGACGGAUCGCCCAAAUCGUUCCCAAACUGCCCUGCAUGCGAGAAGCAGAGACAUUCCAUCUUCGACUGCUCCGUGUUCAACGGUCUGGACGCAAAGGGCCGUAUGAAGGUGGUGGCGGACAAAAAGCUUUGCAGCAAUUGUUUCCGCAGUGAUCAUUUUGCCCGCAACUGCCGCUCGAAGUUCAGCUGUAAACACUGCUCGCGGCGGCAUCACUCCAUGAUUCACCCUGGACCAUUUGAGGUGGAUAAGCAGGGAUCUGAUGGCGGUUCCGAGAAUCCGUUGCCCAGCACGUCCAGCGUAGUGACAGCGGUCGCUGCAAUCCCAACACCCGAGGUCGUUUCGACGGCCAAAUCAUCCAACGCCAGCGUGAUUCUGCCAACAGUAGUGCUACUAGUCGUCGACGUCUACGGCCAAGAGCAUAUCGCCCGGGCGCUGCUGGAUACAGGUUCCCAACCCAACGCAAUCAGCGAACGAUUGUGCCAAUUACUUCACCUUCCCCGAAAGGUCGUCAACGUUCCGAUCGCUGGAGUUGAUGGCACUAACACAAACGCUAAAUACGAAGUCCGCACAGAAAUCCGCUCCCGUCUGGUAAAUUUCGCCGAAUCCCUGGAAUUUCUGGUGUUUCGGAAGGUGACUAGCGAUACACCGUCUGUUUCGUUCUCCACCACUCGAUGGGACAUUCCCGACAGGUUUGCUCUCGCUGACCCCGACUUCAACACUCCCAGGAGAGUCGACAUGAUACUCGGCGCUGAACAUUUCUAUUCGUUCAUCCGAGAUGGACGAUUCCGUUUACCAAACCAUGGUCCUUUGCUCGUCGAGACUGUUUUCGGCUGGAUCGUUGCCGGGAAGUUCGAAGAUCCGCAUGAAGCAGGCGAGCGCUCCGUUGUAACUUGUCAUGCGGCGACAGUUACCCCCGUAAACGAACUGCUAGAGCGAUUCUGGCGCAUCGAGGAGCUGCAUGGACCAAACUAA